AUGAGGCAACAAGGAAAGACCUUUUCACCGACACUUUCUGUAAGGUCUGCGGGGCAGUGCUGCAGUUUGAGUCUCAAAGGAUGUCACACUAUAAGGGCAAAAAGCAUGCUCAGAAAGUUCGUCUUUACAUCCAAAUGCAUGGUGAGAAAGAUGGGAGGCAGGAGCAUGGCAAACAGAAGAAAACGGAUUGUGUCAAUUUUCAGACGGAUGGGAGCGGAGUACUGGACAAAAACAAAUACUGCAAUCUCUGCAACGUGAUUUUUACUUCCCCAGUUGUUGCUUUGUCUCACUAUUUGGGAAAGAUCCACGCUAAAAAGCUGAAGCAAUUAUCAGGAGACCAAGCCCACAUGCCAGCACAGACCAUGCAGCCUGUUUCUGCUUUACAGAAGCCAUCAUCUGAGAAGCCCUUGCUGCCUUCAAAAGCUGAAGAGUCUUCGUCAUCCUCCAACACAAGGUUGAAGUUAAAUGAUCCAGACAAGUACUGCAAGCUCUGCUGUGCUCCCUUCAAUAAUCCACUCGUGGCUCAGCAGCAUUAUGUUGGUAAGAAACACAAAAGAAACGAAGCACGGAGAAAGAUAUUGGAGGAGCUGGGAGACAAAGCUGUCCCUGCAGAAUCCAGCACAAAUGGUUCCUUGUUUUCAGCAGUUGGUGUUGGUUAUUACAUGUGCGCCAUAUGUAACAUCGCACUUACAUCUAUAGAAACAUACCAGUCCCACGUGCAAGGAAAUAAGCACCGGAUUAAAGAAACAGUGCUUGUCAAUCUCAUGAAGAAAUCGAAGAAAACACAUGACUCCUUUCAAGAUGAAUUAACAGAUUACAUUAAAGUUCAGAAAGCUAGAGGUCUAGAGCCAAGAAGGUAUUUAGGAAAAGCAGAAGACGAAGAGUUUCAAGAUAAAAACAUUGAAGGAGGAGGUGACCUUGGUGAGGUUGUAUCUUCAAACUUCAAGUGUGAACAAGGCCAGCAUUCCAGCCUUUUCUCAGAAACCCAGUCACCUACAAAUAGUGGGGAAAAUAGAUCGCCAAGCUGGCCAUCAGCUUGUGAGCAUGCACUAGAAAAGACACCUGAUUGUUGCUAUAACAAGGGAUACUGUAAAGAAGAGCAAGCAUCUGACGUGGUCACCAUCAGAGAUAAGAGCUUCAGCCUAUCGGUUGCAGAAUCUAAAGACUGCUACAAACUUAUGUUUGCUGAAACUUCUACCAGCUCUUACAGAAAAGGACAGAUAUUUCAGAUAAAACAUUUUGAGGAGGAAAAAUACAUCAGUGAAGAGCUGAAGUAUGGGAAAGAAGCCACAAAGCAGAAAAGAAAGGAAAAUAUUGAAGGUGUAGAUUUUGGAAAAGAAAAUCAGAAGCAAAAGAGAAUUAAAUUUGAUGUAGAUUUGGUAAAUGAGAAGAAAUCAAGACCUUAUAAAGAUAAAAGAGUUAAAGAAAACUUUGCUGAGAAAGAGAGCAAAAAGCACAAAAAGGGUAAAAAGAAGCCACAGAUAGAUGGCAAAAGAGAAGAGGAGCUACUUUGGGAUGAAUCUGUUUUGGGAUAUUGAUAAAGGUUUCACUUAGCUUUAAGAAGUUGAUUCUGUUUGUAGACUCACUUAACUGUUUUGUACUAUACUAUGACUUUUUUUUUUCUUAAGCAAAGUUUUUGUUCCAAUGUGGAAGCAAGAAAAAGCCUGUCUUCCGAAACUUUUGGGCAGUAGCUCAGUAAAUGAAGAAAUCAGACCGCACACACCAGCCACACUCGUUCAGGAGUGCUGGUGUGCCGACCCCGGUGCUGUGCCUGUGGUGAAGGUGUUGUGUCGCCCAGCCUGAGCAGAGCCAGCAUGCUCCGUGCCCCACAGCUGCAAAUAGGGGCUCACUGGGUGCGGAGUACGUACGCCAGUACACAGCUUGCCUUUCAUCUUUUCACUCCACGCUCAAAACAGCAAGAAGCACCAGUUGGUGAAGAAAAGGAGGCUGAGACAAUACCCGCAAGCUGGCGUCCAUCUUGACCUCCACUGUGUAGCCUUAUCCGCUCUCCAACGCUCAUCUCAUAGCUACGUCAUCUUUCAUUAUGAUUUUACUGCUCCGUGUUAGCCCUGGCAACUAACUGGGUUAAGAUUAUCGGUCAGGUUUAUGAACAAGCAUGAAGGAAGUGAAGACAGAUAUAACACCACUGUUGUGACAGUACUUUCUUGUUCAUUGGUGGAUGUGCUGUUGAGGCAAAUAAGUCUUUGGUUUUUUUCUUUUUUUAGCAAUGUUUUAUAGAGUAUUCUGAUGCUGUUUGCUUAGGCAAACACAGGCAAGCAGGCAUCUUUGUAGCACUACUGCAACAUGCUAAUGGAGAGCAAGGAUAAUGCAAUGGGAGCCCUGCAGUGAGGUGUAGUGUUUAUGCUUCAGAAUGUGCUCAUGUAGCAUUUGACAAAUACAAGAGACUUCAGAGGAGAUCAGCAAAUGGAAGCCUAGGCUGGUGUUGU